AUGCAACAAGUUUGUUCCAAUUGUUUGCAGACACGCGACAGCAGCCAUUUCCAAGAUCCCACACGGAGCUACAAGACGUGCGAUCGAUGCAGAAAUAAUCGUAAACGAAAGCGAGACGGGUCCUCGACGUUGGAUGGACAAUCGCAGCAGCAGCAGCAACAAAAGCAAGAGCUAAGCAGUGUCCCUUUGGUACCUCUGGCGACGUUGCAUGAACAUUUUGUGGCAGCAACAGCACACCAACAAGAAGAGUAUUGCUAUGAAGUACGAAUCAUGCUGGAUGAUACAUGGCUAGCACACACGGAUACCGAUCUUGCCAAGCGAUUAUGCGCCACAUUGGGUGAAUGCGAUGGAUACCGAUAUAUUCUCAAAACAGUGAAUCCUUCUACAGCAAGGAAAGGGGUUGCCAGUUUCUAUGCCAAUUGUUCACAAUCGCUCGCUACUGCCAAAGCAUCCGCCGUAUCAACCACGGCACGACGGCGUCAUACGAAACAAAGGAAACGAUUCGAUUGCAAAGGACGUAUCUCUGCCACCAUUGAUCGCAUCUCAAGACACGUCUAUGUAUUACUCCAGCAUGGGAUGAGGCAUGAGUUACCAGAACCAUCACGCAAAACGCCACCUGAGAUUCGAGAAUUAAUACGAAGGGAGGAAUUGCGUGGAAGAACAGCGAGAGAUAUAUACACAGAUGUUCAGCAACAAUUCCCCAACACCAACAUCACUCAAGCACAAGUCUAUUACUGGUGGCGAGAAUUCAAAAUUGAAAACGAGCAAGCUUCUGCUGCUGCUGCUGGAUCCACCCCUACUACCACUUCUACUACUACCACUCCUCCCACUACCACUACUAUUACUACUGCCACCCAACCUGAAAACAUCAUCACCACCAGUACUACUACCCCUACUACUAGUUAA